AUGGUUUUUGGACCUCUUGAUUUCAUCACGUGGAAAGUGAUCAGCGGCACGGAGCAGUGGCCGAGUACGGAGAACUUGGUGUCUAACGGCAAAAGGCUGGUCAUUAGCUCCAACGUUCGGGAAGAUGCCGACACGAUGUUCAAGAUCAACGAAUACAACGACAUCAACGGGCUUUUCAACGAGGAUAUUUCCACUGCAGUCGAGUUCAGGACCGGUGUGCCCUGUUCUUCGAGGACCCGGGAUCCAUCGUGGUCUCGUGUGCAGGGUAAUGCUGCGACCUUCAUGAUCGAAUACACCGACCUCACGCUGUACGAGUUCCGACCGACCGCCGAGGAGUUUUUCGGAGCAGGGGACUCGAUGAGUGCCCUUGAGUGCGGUUUAAUCCCAACGUUCGACAGGAUGGACAGCAGUUUGCUCGAGGCAACCAUGUGGUCUUGGGAAGAAGGCGAGCCCCACGCCUACUUUUCCAGCGCCCGGGCUGCCGUGGCCCACCAGGAGACAGGAAGGUGGACGAGUGGGUCUGCAUUGGCCAACGAGGAAGAGAGCGACGAAGUGCACUCCUACGCAUGUCGCGAUGAUAGUUCAGGCGAACGGGGCGAGUGGGUGGUGUCGAAUGGAGCAGCCGGGUGCUUCGGCGCGGCUGAGUUGGUCUGCCUUGCACAGGGGUUGGUCUUCGGUUGCCCACGAACUGCGAAAGAGAACGCCGCGCUCAGGGAAUCCAUGACGGAUGCGAACGUGGAGAGCGUAUGGCUCAAUCUUCUAUCAUCGGGAGGAGCAUCUUCAUCAACCUGGGCACGUGAGUCGGGCGUGGCCUACUCCCUCGCGACAACGUACACCCACGCGACGUGCGAUGGUGGGGGCUACUCUGCAGCGGCUGAAUACACGUGGGACGCCGGCGACGCGUGGACCUACGGCGACACUGCGUUUUACGAGAAGGCGGAGCGUAUCAAGGCGGAGGCUUCGGAGUUACUAUCGAAGGCUGACGCUUUGGAGGCGCUAUCUGAGUCAUCCGAGGACGAAUCGACGAACAUGGACGAGUCAAACGCGCUGACAGCUGCCGCGAUGCGGGUGGAGGCUGAAAGGAUUGAGAACUCGGCCAGGGAGGCCGGGGCCUACCCGAAAGGGUGGUGA